GGGAAACGUAUUUGUGAUGAAACGAAACUGGCUUAAAAAAGAUGACCGCAUGGGAAAGUUUCGAUUUUCAAAAAAAUAAAAAAAUAUAAAUAAAAUAAAAGGCAAAAAGACACCCAAACGUGAAACGUGGGGUCCUCCUCUUUUGAUUGCUGCUGUGCCAUGCCCAUGCCUAUGCCUCCCUCACCUCACCUCUCCAUGAAUUUAUAGCCAUAGAUGGCAGUGGCCACUUCUUCGCUGUCAUCUCUUCAUCUCCCACCCACCUACCCAACCCUACCCUACCCCUUCCCUCCUCCAUUCUUCUACCUCCUUGAUCUCACUCUCUUCCCCAUUCUCUUCACUCUUUUCUGUUUUUGGGUCCAGUAAUGGCAGAUGAUGAUUGGCUUAUGGUGGGCAGACCUGGAAUGAAGGACUUGUGGGAACCGAGCUUGCUUGAAGAGGAGGCUUCGAGGCCUCUGGAAGUUAGGUUUGGUGGGCCUGCCAAGCACUGGACUGAUGCUCUCCCCAUUGGAAAUGGUCGACUCGGUGCUAUGGUUUGGGGCGGUGUUCAAUCCGAGACUCUUAAUCUCAAUGAGGACACACUUUGGACUGGGAUUCCUGGAAACUACACAAACCCAGAUGCACCAAAGUCACUGUCGGUGGUCAGGAAGCUCGUUGAUGAUGGCCAGUAUUCCGAAGCUACUACUGAAGCGGUCAAGUUGUUAGACAAUCCUUCAGCUGCUUACCAGCUUCUGGGUGAUAUCAAGCUAGAAUUUGAUGAUUCUCAUGCUUCAUAUAGUGAAGAAACAUAUUCAAGAGUACUGGACUUGGACACUGCAACUACAAAAGUGAAAUAUUCUGUAGGUGAAGUUGAAUUCGUGAGGGAACAUUUUGCCUCAAAUCCCGAUCAAGUGAUCGUGACAAAGAUUUCAGGAAGCAAAUCAGGGUCUCUCUCCUUUACGGUAUCUAUAGACAGCAAAUUACAACAUCAUUCGAGUGUAAAUGGUAAAAAUCAGAUUAUCAUGGAAGGAAGCUGCCCCGGUUAUCCAAAGGGUAUUCAGUUUUCUGCAAUUCUUGAUUUGCAGAUUAGUGAUGUGGGUACUAUAUAUCUUUUGGAUGACAAGAAGUUGAAGAUUGAGGGUUCAGAUUGGGUUGUUAUGCUUCUGGUGGCUUCAUCUUCAUUUGAUGGGCCGUUCACUAAACCUUCAGAUUCAAAAAAAGAUCCUACUUCAGAGUCUCUAAGCACAUUAAAUUUAAUUAAAAACUUGUCAUAUGCUGAUCUUCAUUCACGGCAUUUGGAUGACUAUCAAAAGCUUUUUCAUCGCGUCUCACUGCAGCUUUCGAAAAGCUCAAAGAAUGUUGGAGAAAAUGGGCGUUUGGAUAGGAAUAAAAAUUUGUCCUCUGCAACUGAUCUGUGUUUAGAAAGUAAUGAAGCUAAGACGGUUUCAACUGCAGAGAGGGUGAAAUCUUUUCAAACUGAUGAAGAUCCCUCUUUAGUGGAGCUUUUGUUCCAGUAUGGUCGAUAUCUACUUAUUUCCUGUUCACGGCCUGGAACUCAGGUGGCAAACUUGCAGGGAAUAUGGAACAAGGACAUUGCGCCAGCAUGGGAUGGUGCACAACACUUGAAUAUUAAUCUUCAAAUGAACUAUUGGCCCUCCCUUCCAUGCAACCUUCAUGAGUGCCAGGAGCCCUUGUUUGAUUACAUUUCGUCUCUGUCAGUGAAUGGAAGUAAAACUGCCAAAGUGAACUAUGAAGCAAGUGGUUGGGUUGUGCAUCAAGUGUCCGAUUUAUGGGCAAAAACAUCUCCUGACCGAGGUGAGGCAGUUUGGGCUUUAUGGCAAAUGGGUGGAGCAUGGCUUUGUACUCAUCUAUGGGAGCAUUAUACUUAUACUAUGGACAAAGGUUUUCUGGAGAGCAAGGCAUAUCCUUUUCUGGAAGGAUGUGCUUCAUUUCUGUUGGACUGGUUGAUUGAAGGACGGGGAGGAUACCUUGAAACCAACCCAUCAACCUCUCCAGAACAUACUUUUAUUGCUCCUGAUGGUAAGCCCGCUAGUGUGAGUUACUCAACAACUAUGGACAUGUCAAUCAUCAAAGAAGUUUUCUCUGCAGUUGUUUCUGCUGCCCAGGCAUUGGGUAAAAGUGAUGAUGAUCUGGUUGACAGAGUCCGUAAAGCUCAACCACGGCUUUAUCCAACAAAAAUUGCUAGGGAUGGUUCCAUUAUGGAAUGGGCACAAGAUUUUGAGGAUCCCGAUCCGCAUCAUCGGCAUCUAUCACACCUAUUUGGCCUGUUUCCGGGGCACACAAUUACUGUUGAAAAAACUCCUGACCUCUGUAAAGCUGCUAACUCUACCCUUUACAAAAGAGGUGAGGAGGGUCCAGGAUGGUCGACUGUAUGGAAAACUGCUUUGUGGGCACGUCUUCUGGAUAGUGAGCAUGCAUAUAGGCUGGUCAAGCAUUUAUUUAACUUGGUGGAUCCCGACCAUGAAAGUGACUUCGAAGGAGGACUUUACAGUAACCUGUUUACUGCACACCCCCCUUUCCAGAUUGAUGCCAAUUUUGGUUUUUCUGCAGCAAUAGCUGAAAUGCUUCUUCAGAGCACUGUGAAGGACUUAUAUUUACUUCCAGCUCUUCCUCGAGAUAAAUGGGCAAACGGUUGUGUAAAAGGAUUGAAGGCGAGGGGUGGUGUGACCGUCAACAUCUGCUGGAACGAAGGAAAUCUUCAUGAAGUUGGUCUUUGGUCCAAGAAUCAGAAUUCUAUAAGAUUACAUUUUGGAGGAAUUACAGUGGCAGUGAAAAUGUCGUCUGCGACAGUUUACACGUUCAAUAACCAGUUAAAAUGUGUGAAGACAUAUUCUCUAUUGGAUAUGGCUUUUCUCUGAACCUAGAGAUGAAAUUGAUCUUACGAAGAGCUUUUUUUCAAGAAACUUGUUCUUUGCUUCAUUUUAUCCUCCGAUUUUCUUCUCUUUUUUUUAAAAAAAAAAAAGAAAAUUAUUUUCAUUUUGGUCGGUGGUGGGGAAAUUUUCCCUAUUUGAUUUGGUGUUUGAGAGAAUAUACAACCUUAUCUCACUACAAUUAGUUAAUCAUUUUAGGAAAAUUAAUAAAUUGGUUCACAAUUCAAUUAGUUUGUGUUUUUGUAUUUCAUUAUUAAAAGAUGCACCAUUAUUUCCAUUAUUCAUGUUGUCCUUCCUAGUUGCUGUGAAGCUCUGUACUGUAAAAAUGUUGUCAUGAGUAUCGGAUAUUUAUUGGGUGCCGAUAUGCUUAUUGAUAUGACCGUAC